AUGCAGGUGGAGGAGGAUCCGAGCAGCCAGUUUAUCGACUUCACAAAUGCCACUGCCAUGGAGCAGUUCACCUCGGACAUAGAGCAGGCCAUCAUUGGCUGGCGCCUGGAUGGAAAGAGCCACGUAUCGCUCGAGGCGUUGAGUGUGCCGCCUCAAGCGGGACAUCAAUUAGAAGCUCUGAACGCCGCAAUUUGGACGAAGGAGCUGUAUCUUCAGCCACCAGGAAAGGAUCUGCUCAAAAGCUACACGCUUACUCUAUUCGCAUCCAGACACCAGAGUAUGCAGCAGAAGGGGGAGAAUGCUUCCGCAUGCGCUUUGACUUCCACGAAAAAGCACAAGACGUGGCAAGAAGGGCUGGAGCACUUUACACCCACGAUGCUAUCGGUGGCUAAUGCUAGUGAGGACUUCCAUUGGGGACUAGAACAGUCUGACGGGGUGGAAGAAGAAGAAGAGGGGGCAACGGUAUCAUCCUAUGCGUCGAUGUACAAGGGUGACCGAGAGCCGCAUCUUAGCAGGAAGAUGACAUACGAUAACGCGCACAAGUGGUUUGGAGUUGACGAGUUCUUGCUGCUGACUAGGUCGUCUUUACGUGAGAUAAAGAAAGAAGCCGAGAAAGACGGGAAUGAGACGGACGAGGCCAAGGAAUCCAUAUUACACGUGAAGGGAAGGAUUCAACGACAAGGGAUCGAGGACGUUGCCGAACAGAAGGGAGAUGACGACAGUCACCAAGACAUGUUUGCGAUGGAAGAUGUCCACAUUGAUCAGACUGAGGGGAGGAUGCUUUUGUCGGCGUUGCAUGUAGCGCUAAACAAUUGCAAUUGUACGAUUCCCGCGUUUGUGCCGAUGUUUGAGCCAUCUCGCGGCACAUGGAUCGGAUCAGCUGUACCUGGUGCUACAGGCAACGUGUCAAUGUCAUUUGAGACGGACUCUAUUCCAGAAAUAAACCCUAACCAGAGCUGCAUCAGUGGUUUGCUCGACUUCUUUAAGGUGAAGCUGCAGUUGUCGCCGCAUGCCGAGCAAAAGUGUCGUGUUCAGGCCGAUGCGUUGGGGGAUCUUGCGAUUGGUACGAAAGUGUCUGCCUCGUUUACGUAUUCGUGGAAUCGAGUAGACGAUCCUCGUGAGAAACCGGGCUCAGAGAAACACCAAGCUUGGCGAACGCUAGAGUCCCAGCAGCCACCCUCAAUUCAGCAUCAUAUUUGCCAUAUUACGAACAAACUGUUUGGCAAAAAACGUCCUUCACCAUUUAUGGGGGCUGCUACUACCCCUUUGGAUGGAAUGGACCUUACGGUAUGCUGGCCACAGCUGCGUGAAGGCACGUAUGUCGAUAAUGUAGUGCACUCCACACUGGAUUUGAGCUCGGCCUCCCAGUGGAUGUUGAGCGUACGCUUUCAAGAUUUGCUGUCAGAAAACCAGUACAAGCCACAUUUGCCGCUUAGCAAGCAAAUGGCAAAUCUUGUGCAAAUUUACUCUAAUUCCAGAGGAUUGAACAGAGACAUUUCAGUGGGCGAGUUGGCACCACCUAUGACACCCUUUUCUCCGCGGUCUAAGUCACUUACUGGAACCACCAUGUUAAGCUCCGACGUUGCUGCCACUGCGUUACGACAACCGCAUUCAUCAAAUAUUCCGAAUUCGAUUCCUGCAGCUCGUGCAGCUGUCGUACUUGGCAAUGCUAUCUCGAGUUUGGUGUCUGUCACUACAUGGAAAAACUCAGAUGGGGCGGAAAUUAGGCGGAUUAUCUCGGAUUUGUUUGACGACGUUCAAGACGGUGGAGAACAACAUACCGAUCAAAUGAUAGAAAAAAGUGACGAACAGAUUGGUAGGUCGCGUACUGCAUUGGCGAGUAUGACAAGUUCUAUCCAGCAUGGUGCGCCAUUGGGUGAACUCGUAUCGAUCUUGGCCACUAGGAUGUCACAAUUGCCCAGCAUUAACUCCAUGUCACUUUUGUGGAUCGAGUUCGUGAAAGCGUUGAGAGAGCGGUGGUUUCAGCAGCAAUUACUUCCAUUCAUGGACACCGGUCUUGGAAGCGGAGGUGUUGAUUGCAAAACAGGCUCGCGUUCUUUGGAUACAUUGUUUUUGCUGAGCUCAGAUUCGAUUCGACUUCCAUUACCAGACUUUCGUCAAUGCUUACUGCACCAAAAACUUCAACUACUUAACUGGUGUAUUCUCAGCAAAUCACAAGAAGUGAAGUCAACUUUUACGGGUAGCAUCGACCCAGAUCACGAAAUACAACUCAAUUCCGACGCUAAGGGCUUCACAAGUGACAAAGAUUUGGCAUAUGAAAUGGCGCGGAAAGCUGACGAUGAAUUGGACAGCAGUCCAAGCGAUGAAGAGUUUUUCGACUCAAUCGAGCAUAAAACGAACGAGCCUCUACUAGAGCCUGUCACCCGAACGUCUAUGCCUAUAACCGAAGAUGUAGCGAAAGAACAGCAGGACCUCAUCACCCGCUUAAAUGCAAGUGUGGAAUUUGACAAAACACGUCAACAAAUUCAGAGUGCAGCGCUGAUAUCUGACAUGCAGGCUUUCAAAGCUGCCAAUCCGCGCUGCUGCCUCGCAGACUUUAUCAGAUGGUAUUCGCCGAAAGAUUGGAUUUCAUUUGAAUCGAAAAAGGAUCCCACCUUGAGCAACCUUCCCACAGAAGGACAAGGUGUGUGGUGGUUCGACGGACAGGGCAUGUUAUCUAAGCGCAUGCGCUUUGGAUCUGGUCACGAGCAUGAAUGGCAAAAAAUGUGGGAAACAAGUGCGCCGAUACCAUUAAAGCGUCAAAAACGGUCGUUUGACCCAGUCCAAGAGUCAGAAAAGGUGUAUCACUAUAUGGAGACACUGCCACCGUGUGAACUAUUUCAUCAAAUGCUUGCAGCUGCAAUACCAGGUUGUGUAUUUGCGCUGGAAACCGCGUUGCCCGUGCACGUAUCAGCUCAAAAUUUGCCUGUGGUUCAUCGCGCGCUGCGAAAGCUCUGCUUACGCGGCAAUCGUGCCAUCGCUUUGCUGGAUGAAGCUUUAGCCGAGUCACAAGUGACACCUCCUCUGAUCAACAGCAGAAAACAACAAAGUGGCAACAGCCAUGAGCCAACAAAAGGAGCCACUCAUCAGGGUCGGCAGCUUCAAGUUGCAUUUGAAAUGGCCCUGGAUGCAUGUUGGGAGUUGGUGCGCACGAUUGAAAGUGUAGAAGCGUUGGUGUCGAAGGCAUUGGCUCUUUUGCGAUAUUUUCCGGUGUCAAAAGAAGAUCAGAGCUCUUUGGCACUGAUAAAUUUACUUCUCUUGCCAUCACGAUCGCAUCGCCAUCAAGUAAGAAUUUCGGAAUUGUUAAAGCAGGAUAAUCUGCGUCAGCUGGUGACGGCACUAGUGCUGACCGGCUCAACGCUUACUGACGCACAGCCGAAGCCUGUACCCAUCAAGCGGGAAUACGUGCUGCGGUGUAUUUGCCCGCGUCCGUAUCUGCGAGAUUAUUAUGGUGCGCUGGCAACCGACGAUAACGAUGAUGAAGCUAUGGAGACGCAGUCGGAAAAUGAGCUAGGCGAAAGCCCACUGGUUGUAUGCCGUAUGUAUGCAGCUUUUGAGACGAGUACUGUACGAUUUGCGUUAGUCCUAGCCGAAUCUGAGUUCUAA